GUUAGAAUACAUUAUGUUGAUUCUGGUGUCACGUGUUUGCCGUAUAUGUAUAUAAGGAAAACGCAUCUCCGUUACUUCAGUGCAACUUUACACCGGUUGAGCUCAGCACCACUGAACAAACAAAGAUGUUCCGACUUAUCUCCCUUGCCUGCAUUAUCGCCUGUGUGGCAGCUGACGGUUAUAGUACCGGCUAUGAUACCUAUUCUAAACAUGGUCACCAUAGUCACUAUGGGUAUGGCGAUGAUAGCUAUGGAUAUUUAGGAAACACUGGACUCGGAGGAAUCAACUUUGGACUCGGAGGUAUCAACAGUGGACUCGGAGGUAUCAACUUUGGACUCAGAGGUAUCAACAGAGGAAUCCAGUUUGGUGGAGGAGCAGCCGCCGCUACCGCCGCCGCCGCCGGAAAUGCUGCCGCCGCCUCAGCUGCCGCCGCUGGACGUAAUGCUGCCGCUGUUGCUGCUGCUGUCGCUGGUCAAAAUGCCGCUGCUGCAACAGCCGCCGCCGCCGGUAACGCUGCCGCUGCCACAGCAGCCGCUACGGCUUCAAAUAUCGGACAUUAUGGUAUCUAUAACCCAGGAUUCAGUUACUAUGGGCCAGGAUUCAAUUACUAUGGGCCAGGAUCCAGUUACUAUGGACCAGGAUCUAAUUACUACGGAAUCGGCCCCUACAGCACUUACGGCAACGUCCCGUACUACAACAACAACUACUAUUAUGGCAACUUUGGACUCGGAGGAGGCUCCGCCGCCGCAUCUGCUUCCGCCGCCAGUGGUUUUGGAGGAUCCGCUGCCGCUACCGCUGCCGCCGCUGGAGGUUCUAUCGGUGGAAUAAAUAUUGGUGCACCUGGUUUUGGAAUCGGCGGUGUGGGCAGACCUAUCUUUGGUGGAUCUGUACCUAUCAUCCCAAGGAGAAGGUCUAAGGUUUACUAGAAAGAAGACGCGGAUUUUCGACACGGAUUUUCGACCAAUAAAUGUUUUUGUUUGUUCAGUUUUUCUCAAAAUAAAUUCAGCAUAUCAAAAUA